AUGAGCAACCCCCAGGACUUUUGGAAGCAGAUGUCUCGGGAGCUGCAGAAGCGAGGAGGUCCUCCAAAGGGUGCCUUCGCUGGCACGGCACUACUCGUGACUCUGGUCGCAGGAGGAGUUGCGUUGAAUGCCAGUUUGUUCAACGUUGACGGUGGUCACCGCGCAAUCAAGUACACACGGUUGAACGGUGUCAAGGACCAAGUUUACCCUGAAGGGACUCACCUUAUGGUCCCAUGGUUUGAGACCCCCAUUGUCUACGAUAUCCGUGCGAAGCCCAGGAACAUUGCCUCACUUACGGGCACGAAGGAUCUGCAAAUGGUCAACAUUACGUGCCGUGUACUCUCGCGUCCGAACAUGUCGGCGCUGCCGACCAUCUACCGCGAGCUCGGCACGGACUUCGAUGAGCGUGUCUUGCCUUCUAUAGUCAACGAGGUCCUCAAGAGUGUAGUUGCGCAAUUCAAUGCGAGCCAGCUUAUCACUCAGCGUGAACAGGUGUCGCGACUGGUGCGGGAGAACCUCACGCGACGUGCGCUCCGGUUCAACAUCGUGCUGGACGAUGUUUCAAUUACACAUGUCGCUUUCUCGCCGGAGUUCACACACGCUGUCGAAGCCAAGCAGGUUGCGCAACAAACGGCGUUCCGAGCAGCGUUCCUCGUCGACCAAGCCAUCCAGGAGAAGCAGUCUAUCAUCGUGCGCGCCCAGGGUGAGGCACGUAGUGCAGAGCUCAUCGGUGAGGCCGUGCGUCAGAACAAGGGCUUCUUGCAGCUGCGCAGGCUUGAGGCGGCUCGUGACAUUGCGUCUCUCCUCGCCUCGUCGGACAACCGUGUCAUGUUGGACUCUCAGAGUCUUCUGUUGAAUGUGACGGACGACACCUUGGACCUCCUUGCGCAAAAAAAGUAA